AUGGCAAUCUGGGGGCUCUGGUUCACACAAAGAAAAGAAGUGGAAGACAUCGGCAUGACCACCAGGUGUUUGCUGCACAUUUGCCUCAUACUGCUCUUCUCCACUGAAAUCUCAUCUCAGCUCUGUACCAUGCUUCACUUCCAGCAGAACAAAGUGAACAAAGAGAGCUUGGAGCUUCUGGAGAAUGUGAGCGGAAAUCUCCCCUCACAAUGCAUAAAUGAAAGGGCAGCUUUCAAACCCACCCAGGAUGUCCUCCAACUCCCAGUGGCCCAGAAGGAGAAUGCCAAGGUGGUAAUUCAAGAGAUCCUCCAAGAGAUCUUCAACAUCUUUAGCAAAAACCUCACCCAAAGUGCCUGGGAUGCCACUUCCAUAGUCAAGUUCCAAAAUGGCCUUUACCAGCAAAUUCAGCGGCUGGAGGCAUGUUUGAGAGCACAGAUGGAGAAGGGCUUAACCAACCCAGAAAGUCAGGACCUCCAGAUCACCAGUCGGAGAGUGAAAAAAUACUUUCAGGGGAUAGAUGCUUUCCUGAAAGAAAAGCAAUACAGCCUGUGUGCCUGGGAGAUCAUUCGCAUGGAAAUACACAGAUGUUUUGUACUGAUUGACAAACUCACUCGAAAACUUCGUAACUAA